CUUCCUCCUGCUUGUCUUUGGCGCUCGCUCCAAAAAUGUUGCGGUCGUGUCCAUCUUUUCGCUGCUAAGCCAACAAAUCAGUUGAAGAACAUGUAAGAAUCCUCUUCCCAGGAUUGGAUAGUUUACUUUCUGUCGAAUAAAACCCGCAGCGCUGAUGCUGCUGCAAUGCUGUUUUUUCUACAUGGCUGCUUAAAAGCAGGAAGCACCAACGUGCCCACACAAUGCAGACAAGUUGCACCAUGGACUGGCCCAGCAGGUUCCAGGUGUGGAUGGAGCUGGCUGAGAGCUGUGGACUCAGUACCCUCCAGCAAGGCAUUCAGCAGGUCUGGAAGCUGCUGCUCAUUUGUCUCAUCAGCAGGCUGCUCUUCAGAUUGGGGGGCGUGUCCUGGUGGAAUCACCUGGUGUCCAUGCUGGCUGGAAUGUACAGCCUCUUCCUCUUCUUUGACCUGCACAUGCUGUGGGUGAUGCUGCUCAGUGUCCUCUGCUACCUCUCUCUUCUUCUUGGCCCACGCUGCAGCAGCAGAGGUCUCUUCCUGUCCUGCGCCAUUCUCAUCUACCUGCUCGUUGGAGAAUUACAUCUAAUUGACACGGUGACCUGGCACAAGAUAAGAGGCAGUCAGAUGGUGGUGGCCAUGAAAGCCAUUUCUCUGGCCUUUGACCUGGAUGGCGGGACGGUCGCCGCUCUGCCCCCACCGACAGAGUUCCUAGGCUACGUUCUCUUCGUGGGAAACGUGGUCUUCGGUCCGUGGAUCAGCUUCUCAUCAUACAAGGCUGCUGUCCUGGGCAGACAACUGAGCUGGUUGUGGUUUUGGCGUUCUUCCCUCAGCCUGCUAAAGAGUCAGGUUUGCCUGCUGGUGUCGUCUUGCAUCGCCCCUUACCUCUUCCUGUUCUUCAUCCCCAUCCACGGAAAUGCAUUCACACACAAGUGGCUGGGUGCCUAUGAGAAUGCCUUGUCCUUCCACUUCAGCAACUACUUUGUGGGCCACCUGAGUGAGAGCAGCAGCAUGUUGGCAGGAGCCGGACAUGUGGAGGAAAAAGACCACGUGCGCUGGGAAAUGCAAGUGGUCAAACCUCUGAGUGUGGAAAUGCCUCGCUCCAUGGUGGAAGUGGUCACUUCCUGGAACAUUCCCAUGUCACGCUGGCUCAAAACCUACGUCUUCAAGAACGCCAUGAAACUGGGGACUUUUCCCGCCAUCCUUGUCACGUACACAGCCAGCGCUUUACUGCAUGGUUUGAGUUUCCACCUGGGAGCUGUGCUGCUGUCUUUAGGCUUCAUCACAUAUGUUGAACACGUCCUGCGGAGGCGACUUGCUGCUAUCUUCAGCGCCUGCAUCCUAUCCAGACCUUGUUCCUCUGACUGCAGCCACCUACAUAAAAAGGAGUUGUGGGUGUGGCUACUGAAUCUGUGUUUUACUUUCUUGGCCAUCUUCCACCUCACCUACUUGGGCUCCAUGUUUGAUGCUGGUGUUGAAGAGGAAGUGGAAGAGGGUUACACAGCCAUCCACACUAUUCGCAGGUGGUCAGAUCUCAGCUGGGCCGGCCAUUGGCUCCUUUUUGUCUCCUGGAUCUUUUACCGUUUAAUCCUGUGACGUCUUCCAAGCACAACACCGUGGCUUCGUACUUCCUGUCUGGCCACUCCACGUGCAGAUCCAUGAGCCUUCUUUCUUCCGCUGAGAUAAAGUGGAGGUUGGAGAAGAAGCAGUCAAUGAACAAAUGUUUGGCAUCAUCUAUUAUAUUCCUUGUGUCCAAGUAUCAUUUCAAAAUGUAAGAAGUGCUUGUACUGUAAGUCCGUCAGUGACAACUUGUGUUGCUUUUGUCCACGUCAAAGGUACACUUUGAUUUUAGAUACAAAAGAAAUGUUUUUUAUAUAUAUAUACUAUUGUCUUUGUGUAUAUUGUCUAUUAAAACUCUACACUUUGAACAACAUACAAA